AUGUCUUUGCUACCUCUUGAAGCUAACCCCGAUGUAAUGAACAAGCUCCUUCAUUUAUUAGGAGUUCCGAAGAAGUGGAGCAUUGUCGAUGUGUAUGGCUUGGACGAAGACGCGCUGGCGUACAUUCCUAAACCCGUUUUGGCGUUAAUUUUGCUUUGCCCAGGCACUGAUCAAUUUCUUCAACAUGCCGAACAACAAAUUGAAAAAUUGAAGGAAGAGGGUCAAGUUUUGGACUCAGACCUCUUUUUCAUGAAGCAGUGUGUCACCAAUACGUGUGGAACCGUUGCGCUCAUUCAUUCUGUGGCAAAUAACGCAGAUAAAGUUGGCCUUGAAGAUGGACCGUUUAAAAAACUCCUAAACGACAUCAAGGAUUUGACCCCAGAAGAAAAAGGGGAAAAGCUGUUCAAGUCUGAACAUGAGGCCUUCAAUUUACUGAGUACUCAUCAAGAACUGGCCCUGGAAGGGCAAACUGAGGUGAAUCCCAACGACCAAGCCAAAAACCACUUCUUUGCCCUUGUUGAAAAAGCCGGUCAUUUGUACGAAUUGAACGGAUCCAAAGAAUUUCCUAUCAAUCAUGGAUCUACAACACCUGAAAGCUUUUUGGAGGAUGCCGCCAAGGUUUGCCGUGAGUUCAUAGCAAGAGAUGCAGAAGAUGUAAACUUCACUGUUCUGGCUUUGGCUGCGGCCGAAAACUAAAUUAUCACGCAUUUUCUUUGUUACUAUUCUUGGUCUUAUAUCAGACUGAAAUUUUUGUUAUUUUUUCAUAGUAAUUGUGAAAGCUUUGGGCUUGAUGGACCAAAUAUCAGAUGAUAGUACUAGCUGCAAUUACAAAAAUGUGAUGUGAUGUAAUCAAUAAUACUCUUAGCAUGGCUUUAAAUGUGCCUUGCUUUUAUGUGAUAUUUCCACUUGCUCGCACAAAAUUUUUACGUGUAGCACUUUAGAAAUAAAAUGUAGCAUAAAACGA